GGCACGCUGGGGCGUGUAGUUCUCACUGGCUCCGGGUGCUCAGGUGUCGUAGGGAAAGUUGGUCUCGGAGAACUACAGCCGCCCUGGACGCGCCUUAACCCCCUCCUUCCACGCUGCAUUCUGGGAAAUGUAGUUUGUUCUGAGCCCGAGCCAAGCACCUUCUUCCGUAGACCUACCACACUUUAGGGAAGUGUCUGUUCAGUUCCAUCGCCCCAGGUUCAGACUUGGGGGCCUCCUCAAGGAGUGUGUUUUGGCUGAUUUCCCGAACGCGUUGUAAGCACCGCGAAGGUAGCAGGAGCUCUGUAGCAAUGGAUAAAUUCGUCAUUAGAACGCCUAGACCUCAGAAUAGCCCUCAGAAGAAAGAUCCCGGAGAAAGGAUUUACAAGCAAGCCACGAUUGAAUCUUUGAAGAGAGUUGUGGUUGUAGAAGACAUAAAAAGAUGGAAAAAUAUGCUGGAGCUUCCUGAUCAAACCAAAGAAAAUCUGGUUGAAGUCUUACAAGAAUUGAAAAAGAAACUGCCUUCCAGGGAAGUGUUAAAAUCAACACGGAUAGGGCAUACUGUAAACAAGAUGCGUCGACAUUCAGAUUCAGACGUGGCUUGUCUUGCCAGUGAAGUUUACACUGAAUGGAGAACUUUCAUUAAAGAACAUACGAAUAGACCUUCUAUUGAAGUCCGAAGCGAUUCCAAAACUGAGACACUUAGAAAAAGUGCCCAGAAACUACUCUCAGAAGCCUUGGAAUUAGAGAUGGAUCACCUACUGGUUGAAAAUAUUGAGCAGGAAACGUUUCAUCUCUGCUCCCGCCUCAUUAAUGGGCCGUACCGGCGGACGGUGAGGGCCCUGGUCUUCACAUUAAAGCACCAAGCAGAAAUCCGGGCUCAGGUGAAGAACGGCUCACUGCCGGUCGGCACGUUUGUACAAACCCACAGAAAGUGACCCGAGGAUGGUUCCAACCCAGGGCUGGGCAGAUAGGAAAAGGGGGUCUCUCCCUGCAAUUCAAAGACUCUUUUGAGUUUGGUGGAGGGCUGCUGCUGGCUGUGCUGGAGUCUCCCAUGGUGUCAUGCUUCACAUGGAGGAUACAGGAGGAACCCAUCUGGAGAGGCUUCAUUAGCUCUGGGGCCGGCCUAACGGACGUGUGCUGGCUGUCACUAGGAAGCGCCUCUCCAUUGCUGUCACCCAAUGCAGUGAAAGGGUGGCGAAUUUCACUGUGAGUGUGCCAAGGACACCUCUAAGCCUCCCCCACAUCAGGCAGAUGAAGUUACUACUUUAUUUCACCACCCUGCAGGUAGCUGAAACUCAAUUACCACAGCCGUUCACUCGGUUCCAUCCCCCUGAGUUUAGAUGGCUCCCGUGCCUCUCAGAACUCCCCGGUCUGUUCUCUUUGCUCUACCCCAGGGGUGAGCCCGCCAGAGCCAGCCACUACCCCCUUCUUUCCAGAAAUCACUUAUCUGAACACUUCAGCUCUCCCUGGAAGACCUUCUGCCUUGGUCUCUUGAGCCCUCCUGCUGGGGUUUCUAAUGAGGAACUGGCCUGAAGCAUCCCCAAGCCUUGAGGUUUAUUUGAAUGUCUGGAUUUUAGAGCUGAGUAGGAGAUACAUAAUGAAAUUUCUCUCAAAAUGAACUACUGUAGUAGGGAAGAAAUGCACACACAGAUAGAUGUAUUUUUUAAAAGGUAUACCUGUGUGGGGGUCUGCUUAACAAUUAUGUAGAUGGGACUUUAUUUUAAAGUAAAAAUAAACUGGGAGUUUCUGCCCCAAAAGCAAAA